UCCCCCGGUUGGUCAGCUGACCGUCGGCCGGUCUGGUGACUGUCAAACCCCCGAAGCUCGCACCGUGACCCGGACCUGGACCAGCAGCCCAGGCCGAGGCCGCUCUCUGUCCCCGCUACCGGAGCUCCGUACCCGGACCGGUCGCUGCCCCGGAGGUCCGAACGAGCCGAGCUCCGCCUCCCUCAGCCAGACCCGCACACCGCCCGGAGACCCCGGAUAGCCCGGAGACCCCUGAGACCCCGGUGGGGCCGGUGAACCCGGAGAGCCCGGUGCUGCCGGUGGUGCCAUGGCCGUGGUGGAGCUGCUGACGCAGGGCCUGGCCGUUUUCGGCGGCGGGCUGUUCUUCGUGCUGUGGCUGAUGCACUUCAUGUCCAUCAUCUAUGUGCGUCUCCACCUCAACAAGAAAAGGUCAGAGGUCAAACAGCCGUUUGCGCAGCUGGCAGGAGUUUCUCUGCUGAAGCCGCUGAAGGGCGUCGACCCAAACCUAAUCUCCAACCUGGAGACCUUUUUUACAAUGGAUUAUCCAAAGUAUGAGAUCCUGUUGUGCGUUCAGGAUCAAGACGAUCCAGCUGUUGACGUCUGUAAAAAGUUGUUGGGCAAAUAUCCAAAUGUAGACGCUCGAUUAUUUAUCGGAGGGAAGAAAGUUGGAAUCAACCCGAAGAUCAACAACCUGAUGCCGGGCUACGAAGGAGCCAAAUAUGGCCUGAUCUGGAUCUGUGACAGUGGAAUCAGAGUGAAACCCGACACCCUGACAGAUCUGACCAAUCAGAUGACCGAGAAGGUGGGAUUGGUCCAUGGGUUGCCAUAUGUUGCCGACCGCCAAGGCUUCGCAGCCACACUGGAGCAGGUGUACUUUGGGACGUCCCACCCUCGCUCCUACAUCUCAGCGAACGUGACGGGGAUAAAGUGCGUGACGGGGAUGUCUUGUCUGAUGAGGAAGGACGUGCUGGAUCAGGCUGGCGGGCUCGUCUCCUUCGCUCAGUACAUCGCUGAGGAUUACUUUAUGGCUAAAGCCAUCGCUGACAGAGGCUGGAAGUUCUCCAUGGCGACGCAGGUGGCGAUGCAGAAUUCUGGGUCGUACUCGAUUGGCCAGUUCCAGUCCCGCAUGAUUAGGUGGACGAAGCUGAGGAUCAACAUGCUGCCUGGCACUGUGCUGGAGCCCGUCUCAGAGUGCUUCCUGGCUAGCCUCAUCAUUGGCUGGGCUGCUCAUCAUGUGUUCAGGUGGGACAUGAUGGUGUUCUUCAUGUGUCAUUGUCUCGCUUGGUUCAUCUCCGACUACAUUCAGCUCACUGGAGUUCAGGCCGGCCCACUGUGCUUCUCAAAGCUGGACUUCGCUGUGGCGUGGUUCAUCCGCGAGUCGAUGGCGGUGCAGAUCUUCCUGUCGGCGCUGUGGGACCCGACCAUCAGCUGGAGGACCGGGCGCUACCGGCUGCGCUGCGGCGGGACGGCCGAAGAAAUCCUCGACGUCUGAGACCCUGCCUGUUUCUACAGAGAAAGAGAGAGAGAGAGUGUGUUUGUAUGUGUGUGUAUGUGUGUUUUUAACUAUUUAUGUUCCUUUUGGUGCUAAACUAAAUGAUGCCAGAACAAGCCAAUGAACGCAUCGCACUGACCGACCAAUCAGGAGCCAGCAGCUCCCAGCUCUCUCUCCUGAUUGGUCACAUCGACUUUAUUUAAAAUGUCGAAGUGUUUAUUGAAACAUUUCCACAAAGUUUAAAUUUAGACUGAAUCUUUCGCCACUUUGAAUAAAAUUCAACGUUCUGUUUCUGACACGUCGAAACGUUUUUCAAGUUUCUGCAGAAAAUCUGAAUGAAAACUUCCAAAAACUUAAAAAAAUUGGAAUUAAAAUGUGAAUGUAAAAACGAAGAAGAGAAGUGGAUGAAAUGUUUUUCAUUCAGAUUUUUCUGCUGAAAUAGAAAUGUUUUUGUUUCUCAGAUAAAAAAAAUAUUUGAGCUGCAACAUUCAGACUCAAAAUUAGUAAAGUCUCAAACUAGUUUUCAUUCAAUUUAUCGUCAAAAAAAUUUACGAAUGUUUGUUUUUGAUCAAAAUUAACUUUAAAAAAAAACUGUGACGACAUUUUUCAUUAUUUUCUGAUAUUUUAUAGAAGUUUCUGUUCAGUUUGUGAAUUAUUAUUCUAUAAUGAUUACAUUAUAGAUUUGUUUUUCUUUGUGUUGGCUGAUCGGCCAAUCAGGCGACAGAUCGAGUUCUGAUGUUCAAAAACAAAGUAAAUGUACUUUUGUUUUUACAUUUAUCCUAAACAAAGAAAAUAUUUUCUCAUUAUUUGUGCCGUUUUUCUCAUUUUUGCGUUAAAUUUGAAAUAUUUAACAUAAAAUAAAAGUUCGUAGCUGAAACAAAACGAAGUUUAAAGAACUUUGUUAUGACACAUCAGAAAAUUAAACAUUUCUUCCAUCAAACAAAAUUAUAAAAAUUAGGUGAAGAUAAUUUCUUGUUUUUUUUUCAUCGUUCCAGAAUCUGUGAGCAGAUAUUAUUAUUAUUAUUACUAUCAUUAUUAUUAUUAUUAUUUAAUGAAUAAUAAAUCUCAACAAUCAGAUCAUAAAUCAGCCAAUCACAGCACAGAACUUUACUUUAUUUUUAUAUAUAAAUAUAUUAUGUUAUGUUUUUUUCCCAACGUUAAAAAAAAAAGAAAAAACAUUAAAAAAAGCGUAAAGAGUCGAGCACUGAAAGAGUUCCAGUAUUUAAACGGUCGCGACAUUUCAAAAUAAAACACAGGACCAAAUAAAUAAAUAAACAAGAAAAUAAAACAAAAAAAAUAAAUAAUCCACAUUUCUGAAGUGUAAACACUGUGUGUGUGUGUGUGUGUGUGUGUGUGUGUGUGUGUGUGUGUGUGUGUGUGUGUGUGUGUGUGUGUGUGUGUGUGUGUGUGUGUGUGUGUGUGUGUGUGUGUGUGUGUGUGUGUGUGUGUGUGUGUGUGUGUGUGUGUGUGUGUGUGUGUGUGUGUGUGUGUGUGUUUUCUAAGCUGUGUUGCUUGCUGUUAGCCGUUAGCUGUUAGCGUAGCUGUGGGGAUUGGUUGAUGACAUCACUGCGAGUCGGACGAGCCCCGUCACCGUCGUCCAAUAGGAUCGCUAGAUUCUUAUUUGUUUAUUGUUGUUUUUUUUUAUAUAAUGAUCUGCUGUAGUCUGAGAGGCGACCAAUCACAGCCCAGGAUUGUGUCAACACAGGAACAAUAAAGUUUUAUCCAUCAAACUUCAA